AUGAGCGAUUCUAACAGUGAUGCUAGUAUCAUCAAACGAUCUAGUGGAGAAGCCACUACAGAAGACAUUCCGGAAAAGAAACAGGAGAUGACGGCAGUGAGCGAUGAGAAAGGAAGCGAUAGAAAAGAAGAAAAAGGAAGCGAGAGGAAGGAUGAAUCAGUGAUCAAUAAGUCCACUUACAUCGAGAAAGAUGUUGUUGAAGAUGAAGAAUUGUAUAAGAGUCUUCAGGCGAUGCCAUUCUAUCAUGGAUUCCUUCCUCGUGAUGAUCUCAGAGUCAUCAUCCGGAACGAGGGAGAUUACUUGAUUCGUGUUAGCGAGAUCACAACGAGAAAGGAUGGAAACCUUGGAAUUAAAAGAGAUAUUGUGUUGUCUGUGUGUUCUUCCGAUCGAGUUGGCACUGAAGCAGACACAAAGGAUGCCAAGUCUGAGAAUCCAGGAGAACGAAAGAUGCGAAACCUAGUCAUUCGUCGUUACGAUGGAAUGUAUGCAAUAAAAGGAAGUCAUUCGUUUCCAACUAUUGAGGCUCUUCUUGCAAACCAUCACGUCUCCAACACAUCAGAAACUAAAGAGAAUCGUUUUCUGAAAACGCCGAUCGAACUGCAAGGAUGGGAGUAUAGACAUACGGCAGUGAAGUUGGGUGAUAAAUUGGGAGGAGGGGCGUAUGGAGCAGUUAGAAAAGGAGUUUUGCAAAGAAAAGGAAGAAAAUUGGAUGCUGCAGUGAAAUUGAUGAAAGGAGGAGAGUUGAACAAGCUGAAGAUAAGAGAAAUGAUGAAUGAGGCUAGAUUAAUGAGAAACUUCAAGCACAAAAAUGUUGUUCGAUUCUACGGAGUUGCUGUAGUUGAGCAACCAUUGUACAUUCUUUUGGAAUUGGUCAAUGGAGGAGCUCUCAACACUUACCUUCAGAAGAAUAAAAACAGCGGCAUCAUUGAACUGUUUGGAAUGUGUCUUGGGGCGGCUCAAGGACUUCAAUAUCUUCAUGCUCAUCACUGCAUCCAUCGAGACAUUGCCGCUAGAAACUGUCUCUACUCGAUUGACAAAGUGGUCAAACUCUCCGAUUUCGGACUUUCCGUGAUUAGCAAUCAAUUCAAGUUGUGUGCUGCUCAGAAACUUCCCAUCAAAUGGCUUGCUCCUGAGACGAUCACUACUCUUUAUUUCACUCCAAAAACUGAUGUCUACAGUUAUGGAGUCAUGUGCUAUGAGAUAUUUUCAGAAGGAGAAGAACCAUGGGAGGGUGUUAGUAAUACUGAUACCAAGAAGAAUGUAGUUUACGGAAGACAUUUGACUAUGCCCGAUGCUUGUCCAGAUAAAUUUCGAUCGUUUGUUCACGAAAAAAUCUUCGUCGUCGAUCCGAAAAGACGAGUUGUGAUGGAUGAUGUCGUCAGAUUCAUUGAACCACUAAUCAAUGAUAUUCAUAAUGCAGCAGCAGUAAAUGCAGUCAUCAGCACGGCUGCUGAGAGAUCUGAAAAGGUCAAUCGAUCGAUGAUGGCUCCAGUGACUGGAGGAUCUACUCCUCGUAACGCUUCUAACUCAUCAAGAAAAUCGAAAAACAAGGCAAACCACAAAAAGGCAACAGGGGCAAAAGUCAAAGCUGGGAAAAAGACCAAUACAGUCACCAAUACAAUUGAGAAAUAA